AUGCUGUCCAAACGUAACGCCAAAUACUACAACAACAACAUAGACGUUUCGGACUACAGGAACGACUUGUUCAAAUGCAAAGCGCAGAUGGAGAGCUCUAAGCUGGUUGUCAACAAGCUGUAUGAACUGCAAGAGAUCUGUGACAAGGAACUCACUGCUUUAGACCUUCUCUCUUUCUGCCGACAAAUAGCAAUGGGGAUGGAGUUCCUAGCUGCCAACAGAGUGGUCCACAGAGAUUUAGCCGCCAGAAACAUUCUGGUGACAGCAGACAGGACUUUGAAAAUAGCAGACUUUGGUCUUUCAAGGGAUGUCUACGAAGAGAACCAGUACAAACAGAAGGGUAACGGAAAGAUGCCCAUUCGCUGGUCGUUCGGCGUGGUGGUAUGGGAGGUGGCGACGGUGGGCGGCUCUCCAUACGCCGCAGUGCCGGCCGCGCGGCUGCCGCGACUGCUGCGGGCAGGGUACCGCAUGCCCAAACCUAAUAACUGCAGUCCGCAGCUGCCGACCUUCGCGGACCUGCACCAUCGCCUCGACGAGCUACUGAACAGUGCGUGCGCCAACCAGUACCUGUCGCUAGAGAUUGAUGCAGACGACGCACCGCCCACGCCCAAACAUCAUCGGUACAUUAAAAUGCUUAUGAGAGGCAAGCGCGCAUGGUCCCGUGGCGAAACGUACGAGCGUCCGCUGAAAGCGCCGCAAAGCAACCACUACACCUCGCCGCCAGACUCAUUCAGCACGCAGCCCGCCUCCUGACCUGCUCUCAAUACCUGAAAACGAAUACCCGGUAAUCUCGCAAAGUUAACAUAAUACUUUAAACUGUGUACUUAAUGAGACAUCUAUCUCCUAUUCAAACGCUUGAAAGUCUCG